AUGGAUGACGAAGUAACUGUACAAUCUGUUCGAAAAAACUUUUCGACUGAUGAGCUUUUGAGACUUUUAGCCUAUUUGGAAGGCGAAGUCCAGGCUCGUGAUAUCGUAAUAGCUACGUUAAAGUCAGAAAAAGCGAAGCAAUUGUUACAUGAGGCCAAAUAUGGACAACUCGCGGGCAGUGAUCCAGUCAAAGCCUUGCAACGUGAUUCCAGUUUGACGGAUGAAGGAAAUGAAAUUGACGAAUCUGAAAUUGGACAUAUGUACGAAACUCAACUGACGCAACUGGAACGGUUAAUUACUGUGCAGCGGCAGUGUCACAAUCGUUCGAAACAAAUCUUAGCAGCUACAGAGAAGCGACAUGCACGCACUUUGCGAGAGUUAGAUGAGGAAAAACAGCGUUCUGCAGCGGAUGCUGCACAGGGUGAUGAUCUUUGUGUCCUUCUAGAAAAUGAACGAACUCGCCUUCGUCAGCAACUGGAGUAUGAACAAAAAGAAGGUGAAAAAGCUCGUAAGGAAGUGGAAAGACUGGAAAAAAAAUUGAGGGAUGAACAAGAACAUUACAAAUCGAUGGUGUUGUUCUUGGUAAAUGAACGGAAACAAAUGUUGUUUGAUUUGCAUGAAUUGAAAGUUCAAAAUGGUCGCGGUUCAUCCUACGCUCAGGAGACAGCGUUGCUUGCAGAGAUGCGAAAAGAAGUAACUGCCCUACGUUCGGAAAAAGAUCAACUGCGUACGGCUCUGGAUGCAGCUCUUUCCGAAGUGCAAACCCUCAAAGAGGUUGCGAGAAAUCAAGAGGAAGACUUGUCCUUAAUGCGUACCAAUAUACUUGCUAACACGCGAAGUUACGCAAAUAAUUUACGAUUUUCCGAUGACGGCUCUGUGGUCGUAGCAAAUAAAGGUGUUUCGAACGCUUUGCCACCAUCCAAAAAUCCAGCACCAGGCUUAUCGCCAGCAGUGAGUGAUUUGAGGCAUCCAAUACGACCCCGACUUACCACUUCCUCGACUUUCCCAGCCAGUAAUCGAUUUCCUCAGAGUCGUGUUCCUCUUCCAGCACCAUCUCACUUGACCUCAUCAGUUGCUCCACUUCCUCCUGCAAAGAAAGGACAACAUCCUGUAACAACAGCACGGCCAGUGACACUGUCAACAAUGCGCGGUAAUAAUAAUCAUUCGUCAUCGCGUGACCGCGAGAGGAUGUCCAACUCAUCAGAUUCCUCAGAAAAGAAAAAUACAUAUUCAGCUGAACCUGAAAUUGAGCAUUUGGGUGCAGUAAUCGAAUCAAUGAACACAGGCAAGCGAAGCGCUUCUUUGCCACGGAAUGGCAAAAAUGGGGUCAUUGCUGGAUCACAGGCACGUAAACCUGUUUCAUCAAAAUCUGCUGUCACUGCCAGACGUAGCACAAUUUUCAAAGCUCUCGGUGUAACAACACGAAAUGACAAGAACGGCACAUAA